UUUUUCUUUCUCUUUAUUAUUACUUUUCAGGUAACGUUUUGUUUAUUUAUGAUUUUAUUAAUAAUUAUUGUUAUUUCUUAUCAUUUUAUUAUUUCUCCUGUGCUUGUAAUGAAAUAUGUGAACUUGUCAGUCUACUCUUGAAGUAACUAUAAAAAAAAAGUAACUGGAAAAAUGAAAUAUCAGAUGAUGAUUGAACUACAAGAUUAUAUCCAAUGCUUGUUUUUUGCAGAACAAGUGUACGAUCAGUCAUUCUACAUAAUGACUUCGAUGUGAUUUGUAUGUGACUUUUAGGCCCAUAUAUAUUAUAUUUUACAUAAACAUAGAAUUAUGUGAGUGAGUGCUGUAUGUUCAGUAGCUUAAAUGGAAGCUGCAGGAGUGUUUGUGUGCGUGUGUGUAUUUGUGUUGGUGUGUAUAUAUAAAUGAUCUUGCAGCCUUGUUGGCCACAUCAUCAUUCUUUGGCACUAAAUUUUUUUUUAUUUCCUCCUUUGCUUAAUAAAAAAAAAAAAAAAAAAAAAAAAAAAAAAAGACUAGAAAAAUCACAAGUCCAUGAACAUUCAUUCAGCCUAAGUACGUAGCUUUCUCUCCUUGUUCAAGAGAAAAAGUGCUCUAUUCGUUUUGGCGAGAGAGAAGCUGUGCUACACAAAUUGUUCGCGUUGACAAGGUUGCAAGCUGGCGAGUAAGAAGCUCUCGUGUGCCUCGCUGAUCUUCUCUUCCCGUUCUCUGUUGUUUUAGAUAACCUAUUCAGUCACUGUCUCCCAACCCUCCAUGAUAAAACGGUCGUGAGCUCCCGUGCUCCCUACACCGCCAGGUACUGGUAGUCAUAAGUUAUACCUCUAUGCUGGCGACGGCAAGCUCACAUCAUCGAGGGAUCUCGCUCGUUACUCUCUCCACUCAACAUCCACGACCUUUAAUUGACCACAAUAUUAGUUGUUUUUGUGUCAUGAGGACAGUCAGUCAAAACAGGUAUAAUCUUGAAGAAAAUGUUGAGUUCUGCUGUGGUCAGUCUGAUCUUAUAUAUAUCUUUUUUUCCCCCCGUUUAUUUUUAUUUUAUUUUAUUUUUUAUUUAUUUUUCCUCUGUGCUGUGACUGGUGCAUGUGUCGAAUAUUGAUGCAAUAUAUCUUCACGUGGCGUCAAGGCUCCAGUCUAAAGUUUGCGUUUUGCAGGCGGCCGUGCCUUGGUUGGACCCUACGGCUAGAGAGAGACAACAGGUACUAGCGGGAUGGAGGCCACGACAUUAUAUAGAUUUUGGUGCACGGGGCUAAAGGACGGAGGCAGUUCGUCGGCGGACUCCAAACCCAAGGAAAAUGGUCACACAUCCUCUAAAGACAAAAAGGAGAGAGAGAAGGACAGAGAGAAAGAUAAAGAUAAGGAGAAGGAUAGAAGAGACCGAGACAAGGACAAAGGCAAAGACCGGGACAGAGACCGUGACAGGGACCGAGACAGAGACAGGGACAGAGACAAGGAGAGGGACAAAGACAAAGACAAGGAUAAGGACAAGGAUAAGGAUAAGGAUAAAGAUAAGGAAAAAGAGAAAGACAAGGAUAAAGAUAGAGACAGAAAAAGACGCUCUAGGAGCAAGUCUCGCGACAGGAGGAAGAAAACGCGCAGCAAAUCCAAAGACAGAGAUAGAAAGAAGUCUCGUUCCCGGUCUCGGGACAAGGACCGAAGGAAGAGGUCUCGAUCAAGAUCAAAAGAUCGAAAACGGAGAUCGCGCUCUCGCCGCCGUAGCAAAAGUCGCAGCAGAGACAGGCGCCGCAGUAGGAGUCGCAGUAGGGACCGUCGCCGCAGCAGGAGUCGUAGCCGAGAGCGCCGGAGGAGAAGCCGCAGCAGAGACAGGAGGAGGAGCCGCAGUAGAGAGCGUAGACGUUCGCGCUCCAGGAGUAAAACGCCAAAACUGGAGCUUUCUGUUGAGGAGAGAGAUGCACGUACCGUGUUCUGCAUGCAGCUUUCCUCGAGGAUUCGGUCGCGGGACUUAGAGGACUUCUUCUCCGUUGUGGGCAAAGUGAAUGAUGUUCGCAUCAUAACAGAUGCAAAAACCCGUAGAUCAAAGGGUAUUGCUUAUGUUGAGUUUGUGGAUGUAGAAUCGGUCCCUCUGGCUCUUGGUUUGUCAGGUCAGAAGAUCUUAGGCGUCCCAAUAGUAUGUCAGCCAACACAGGCAGAGAAGAACCGUGCUGCCAACACAGCGGCAGUGCAAGACCAGAAGGCAGCAACAGGUCCCAUGAGACUUUACGUUGGCUCACUGCACUUCAACAUCACAGAGGACAUGCUUAGGGGUAUUUUUGAACCAUUUGGGAAAAUUGAUCACAUCCAGUUGAUAAUGGACUCCGAGACUGGAAGAUCAAAAGGCUAUGGCUUUAUCACAUUCCACAAUUCUGAUGAUGCCAAGAAAGCCUUAGAGCAACUGAAUGGAUUUGAGCUAGCAGGCCGACCCAUGAAAGUCAAUCACGUGACUGAAAGGUCUGAGACGCAGCAAGGGACUUCACUCCUAGAUUCGGAUGAGAUGGAGAGGGCUGGUAUUGAUUUAGGUGCAACAGGCCGCUUGCAGCUAAUGGCGAAGUUGGCUGAAGGUACAGGCUUGCAACUGCCAGCUGCUGCUGCUAAUGCCUUACACAUGCCAGCACAACCACAGCAGCAGCCAGCACCACCUAUUGCAACACAGUGCUUCCUCUUGUCAAAUAUGUUUGAUCCAUCCACAGAAACAAACCCCAACUGGGCAGAUGAAAUCAGAGAUGAUGUUUUAGAAGAGUGCAAUAAGCAUGGAGGGGUUUUACAUGUGUUUGUGGACAGACAGUCAGCACAGGGGAAUGUGUAUGUCAAGUGCCCCACAAUUGCAACAGCUGCAGCAUCUGUUAAUGCACUCCAUGGAAGAUGGUUUGCAGGCAAGAUGAUUACAGCGGCCUAUGUACCUGUCAUGAGCUAUCACUCCCUCUUCCCUGAGGCAAUGAAUGCCACACAGCUUAUAUACCCUCGAUGAGGUACCUGAUCGUUAUAUGAAGACACAAAAGUUUUCUUUCAUUUUUUUCUUUGUUAACAUUUUAUUAUUGUUUGUAACUGCUGACGACACAAGUGGCAGAAGGAAACAUCUGUUCAUACAGUUUUCAGCCGGACAAGAAAUAUGUAUUUGUUUGCAAUGCAAAUUAUGAUAUGUUGAGUUUCACCUUCACUUUUUUAUUUAGAAUUUUUGUUAUUUUUUUUUAGCACCCCUCUUCCUUUUUUUAAGUGUUCAUUUCCUUAAAAUUUUAGACUUCUUGAUAUCCAGAUCCAUUUUUGUUGACAUGUAUGGAUAUGUGAAGUUUGCUGAUACAGUACAGUCACACGUGUAUAUAAGAUACCGAUGAUGUGUUUUGGUGGCGAGUUUCAGAAGUGUGCGUGAAUGGUUCUCCAGCAAGGUAACCAUUUCUCACCUUUUGGGUCUGAUGGAAUAAAGAAUAGUAUGUUGAGCAUAACCUUCAUGUAAGGCGUUUGUGAUAGUGGACUUUCAGAAUAGUUGAUUGUUUUUUCUUUUUUUCACGAAAUAUGUUGGAUGAGGUUUUUUUUCUUCCUUGCAGCCAGUAUUUUGUUUUAAGACUUAGGUAUCCUGUAUAGAUAUAUCAAUUUGUAAAAUUGAUUAGGCUUUUCAGGUUCAUUGUGAUUUCUUUGAUUUUGUAAAGAUAUUUGACUCCUGAAAACUGAAAUGAUGACCCAUUCCCUAUUACUCUAGAAGAGAUCCUGGGACUCCUCGAGCCUUGCGACUGCAGGGCAAGGAGGAAGAAUCUUUGUAGAAAAUACCUUGAGGUGGUUAUUCAGAUUGUGAGACCUGUCUUUAACUGUGCUAUAAAUAUUACAGAUCAUUAGUCAGAAUGUUGAAGGAUUGAUUGUAUAAUAUUUUUUCAAGCAAAAUAUAUCCUGUGGAUUGAUGGGAGAUUUGAUUGUGAUUGGGCUUAAUACACAUUUGGUGUGAAUGAUGUGACCUUGUGAGGAGUGUAAAUAUAUGUAUAAAUGGGUACAUGUGGAUCCCUGCACUCCAUUCAUUUUGUGCUUGUAUAAAUAAACAUUCAUAACCAGA